ACUGCAGCUGGAAGUCAGAGUGGAAAGUGACGUAGGGGGAGGAGGCAGACUUGUGUAAACAAAGCUGGAAAAUAGUUGAAAAUCUUUUUUUUUAACUCCCAGUGGCCGAAAUGGCGAGGAGGAGGGAUUAUUCGUAUAUCAGCCCGUGUGUGAAAUGGACGCUUUUCUUCUUCAACUUCAUAUUUUGGUUGUUUGGAAUGUUGGUGUUGGCUAUAGGGCUGUACGGAGUUGUGUUCACGGCUCAGGACUUGCACGGCCUCAAGUCUGUGGAAACAGCCUACAUCAUCAUCACAGAUCUGUCAGGAGUAAUGGUGGUACUCGGCAGCAUUAUCUUCAUCGUGUCCUUCGCAGGGUGUGUGGGGGCAUUGCGUGAAAACCUCUGUCUACUGAAGCUGUACUUCUGGAGCUUGACGAUCUUCCUAAUUGCUGAACUGAUGUUUGCUAUUGCCUGCAUCAUUUUCCCAUGGAAGUCUAGGGAGAUAAUUGAACACUUGCUGUCAAAGCGCCUCAUCGAAGAGUACAGGGAGAGCCAAAACACCCAGAACUUUGUUGACUUCCUUCAGACUGAGUUUGGUUGUUGUGGAAUCACAGUAGAAGGUUACCUGGACUGGAAUGCAAAUGAAUACUUCAACUGCUCAGAGUCAAGCCCAAGUGCUGAGAAAUGUGGUGUUCCAGCUUCCUGUUGCUUGAACAGAAAAAAUUUGACACACUUUGACUUUAUGUGUGGGUAUGGUAUGCAAAACAAAAAACCUCAUGAAGCCUCAGAAACCAUUUACACUGGAGGCUGCGUGACAUCCAUCAUUCAGUUCUUAGAAUCAAACCUUUAUUGGGCUGCUGGAGUCAUAUUUGGUAUCACCUUGUUCCAGAUGUAUGUAACUCACCAGGCUCGCUCGUUGAUGGACCAGAUUUCCCUACAGCGCUCUAGAUGGUACUCAUGAUUUGUGGAAGAUGAAGUCUUUCACUAAGAUUAUUUUUAUUCCUCCUCCUUCCAUCCAUCCACGCUUUUCCCCUUGCUGAUUUUCGUUCUCACAAAGUCACACCAAAGAAAAUAGUGAUGAUUUUUGUUAUUAUUUUGAAUACUAUUGCAAUUAUUUGUUUGGUCUAUGUGGGUUUCAAAAACAAAAAAAUUGACAGGCAGGCACACAUGAUUCCAUAGUAACCUUAAAUCUCAUUGCAUGUAAUCUCUUGCUGUGCUUUUACUUCCUCUGUUUUCAGCAACAUAGAUAACUCUUUGUACAGAAAAAAAUUAUUCUAUAUGUCGUCUAAGUACAAGUGUUCUCUUUGUAUAAAUGCUUACAGUCCCAGCUCAUUAUUAUUUUAUUUUGUAUAAAUGUAUAUUUACAUAUGUAUAUACAUAUAUACUUAAAAUUACGAUAUAUGCUCAAAAAUGCAAAACUGUAGAUUUCAUUAUAACCAUGAAUAUAACGGUGUGGCUUAAAUUGUGUUUUUAGAAUCAGAGAGAACAUGUCAUGUUCUUGUAGACAGAGAAGAAGGUGCUGCUUUCAUGUUGUUUUUUACAUACACUUGGACUCCCUUUCUUCCUUUUUUUGGUAUAUACUCAAAUGUGUUGCCUGCUGCCAAUUUCCCAAUCAUGGCAUUUGCCAGGAUUCAGGGGAAAAAAGCUUUUGUGUGUAUUAGUACAGUUUUUCUUUUUUUCUUUGUGGGUCAAUAUGUACACAUUUUAAAGAUUGAGACAUUUAAUUAUCAUAAACAUCCAAAAGAAGGUGAAAAAGCAAUUGCUCUUUGCUGUCGAAUAUAAUUGCACAAACAUUUCUAGCUGCAGAGAUGAGCAAGGGAACCUUUCCCUGUAUAACAUUGCCUGCAAAUACAUGUUUUUUAUUGUGCACAUAUACAGAAUAUAUUUUUAGAACUACUGUAAUAAGAAUGAGAGCUUAAGAGGCGAGGGGUAUAUUUCCUUAUGUAUGAAUGUUUGCAAAUAUUUGAUAAUAUUUUAGUCGUCUAUUAAGCCUGCAUCAUAUUGAUUUGGGCAACACAGUCCAUCAAGUUCAAGUAGUAAAAAUAUUUCCCCCAGAUGUAAAUGGUUUUAUAUGAAUAUCUAGUGUGUAAUAAAGCUCAGGUACUUGACCCCAUGCUUACACCUAGAAUAGGAAAUACUUUGAUUCUCAAGGUAAAUAGUUUAUUUAUUUACACACAUACAUACAUAUGUACAUACAUACAUACAUAUGUACAUACAUACA